AUUAUAAAUAACACCCACUCCCCACACCACACCACAAACUCCAUCACAACAAUUACAGCAAAUUAAAAUAUUCUCAAAAUUAUUCCAUUUACAGAAAAGGAAAUCAACAACUGUGGGAGGGAGGGCCUCAUUUCAAGAAAAAAAGGGAUAGACAGGAUGGAGAAAACAUGAAUUAAAGUGUCUCCAUAACUAAUUUUACAGCUGAAUUUCAUAUCAUAUAUAUAUAUAUAUCUACGUUUUUGUGUAUAUAUUAUCAAAAAAUCUCUCUGCUGCAAUCUUCUGUUCGUUUAGAAUCAUGUUGGAGGGUCCGGCUUUUCUUGUCUCGAGAGAAUUACCAAGCGCUUGUGAACAAGAAAGCAAAUGGGCUUACAACGCAUUCUGCGUAACCGAAUUUUCGAAAGGAAAACGUUGUCUUGAAGAUGACGGAGAAACGACAACCAGGUUGAGAAAAUCUCGGAAACCGUCUGAAAACGAGACACAAAAGGAUAAUUCAGUCAUUUCACCUUCUGAAUCCGGCCCAUCAGAUAACCAAGAACAAGAAGAUCGAUCAGAUUCUAGCUCACUAAUCAGUCAAUUAGGUCGAGACCUCUCGAUUAACUGCCUCUUGCACAGCUCGAGGUCGGAUUACGGCUUGAUCGCCUCACUGAACCGCACGUUUCGCACCCUGGUUCGCGAUGGUGAGCUUUAUAAGCUAAGAAGGAAAAAGGGUAUCAUAGAACACUGGAUUUAUUUCUCGUGUAACCUUUUUGAAUGGGAGGCGUUUGACCCGAUCCGCAAUAGGUGGAUGCGCCUGCCUACCAUGGACUGCAACGAAUGUUUCAUGUGUUCCGAUAAAGAAUCUUUAGCCGUAGGCACUGAGCUGCUGGUGUUUGGUAAAGAAAUAGACACACAUGUAGUGUAUAAAUAUAGUAUCCUAACUAACUCAUGGUCACCUGGGUCAAAAACCAACACACCUAGAUGUUUGUUUGGGUCCGCAAGUCUCGGUGAGUUAGCGAUUGUAGCCGGUGGUUGCGGUCCGUCGGGAAACAUCUUGAGCUCGGCCGAGCUUUAUAACUCAGAGACCGGGACUUGGGUUACGCUACCCGACAUGAAUAAACCUCGAAAAAUGUGUUCAGGGGUGUUUAUGGAUUCGAAAUUUUACGUUAUUGGUGGAAUAGGCGUAGAAAAUAAUAACGAACUGACUUGCGGGGAAGUUUACGAUAUGAAAACGCGUACGUGGACCGAGAUUCCAAAUAUGUUUCCGGCGUUAACCGAGGCAGGUGGUCAAGACGCACCAGCAACCACCAAAGCACCUCCUUUAUUGGCGGUUGUGAAGAAUGAGUUAUACGCAGCGUAUUAUGAAGAACAAGAAGUCAGAAAAUAUGAUAAGGGUCGGAAUGUAUGGGUCAGGGCGGGCGGGCUGCCCGAAAGAGCAGGGUCUAUGAACGGAUGGGGACUUGCGUUUCGGGCUUGUGGCGAUCAGCUCGUUGUCAUUGGUGGCCCGCGGGUUUCUUAUGGAGGGAUGAUAGAGUUGAAUUCUUGGGUACCCGAUGAAAACCCGCCUCAAUGGAACCUGCUUGCUAGAAAGCGUUCGAGUGGUUUUGUUUAUAAUUGUGCUGUGAUGGGAUGCUGAGAUGUUAAACAAGUUUAAACAGGUUAAUUCCCUUCUGAACUAAAUGUUGGCAAUUUUGUCAAAUUUCUAUGUGUUUUUUUGGUUGUUUUAUUAUUGAAAUUAAAUUAAAUUUGGGAUAGUACUUAUGUAUGUUAUCUUACAAUUAUACUUAUAGUUUCUUUCCUUGUUUUAAGUCA